AUGACCACUCGAUAUCGCGUCGAAUAUGCGCUUAAGACACACCGCCGCGAUCAACUGAUCGAAUGGAUCAAGGGUCUCCUAGCUGUGCCUUUCGUCCUGCACUCCCAGCCCACCGUCAUCUACCAAAAUCAUAGCGAAGGCCUGAAGACUGUCGCAGCCGACACACACCAGCGCUAUGCAGAGAUCAUGCUGGAUGUGGAGAACUUGAUCUCCGACCACAUCCACCACGAAGCGGCCGCACUUCCCGGAAAGUCAAAAUUGAAACUUCUCGUGCCAACCGUAGGAACAUUCUUCACGGCGCUGCAUCUUCAAGAAGCCUUCAACUACCAAGACGAGCGGCGCUGCAUAAGCCGAAGACGCUUUGUCGCCCCCUCCGUCAAGCUAGUCACCUUUGAUGGAGAUGUAACUCUCUACGACGAUGGCAAAAAUCUAACACCGUCCAACCCGGUCAUCUCACGCAUCCUGCGCCUCCUCGCUCAAAACCGGAAAGUCGGUAUCGUCACGGCAGCCGGGUAUGAGGAGGCUCCAAAGUAUUAUGAGCGAUUAUACGGACUUCUUGACGCUGUUCACAGCAGCUCGGAUCUUACCGAAUCUCAGAAAGAAGGGAUUAUCGUCAUGGGUGGUGAAAGCAAUUUCCUCUUCCGGUACGACAGAACUCAAGAGUGUAAGCUUUCCUACGUCCCUCGUGAAGAGUGGCUACUCGAUGAAAUGAACGCGUGGAAAGAGGAUGAUAUCAAGGAGUUACUUGAUUUGGCCGAGAACGCUUUGCGGACAUGUAAGGAUGCGCUGAGUUUACCUGCUGCUGUGCUGAGGAAGGAUCGGGCUGUGGGUGUUUAUCCGGUUAACGGGGUGAGGAUCAAUCGUGAGCUCUUGGAGGAGACUGUCCUUGUUGUGCAGAAUACAGUUGAGAGAUCUGCUGUUGGGGCUAGGUUGCCUUUCUGUGCUUUUAACGGCGGAAACGAUGUCUUCGUGGAUAUCGGCGAUAAAUCUUGGGGUGUACGUGCCUGUCAACGAUACUUCAAUGGCAUCGAUCCGGGCAAGACACUGCAUAUCGGCGAUCAGUUCUUGUCGGCUGGUGCGAAUGACUUCAAGGCUCGUCUUGCUUCAACCACGGCGUGGAUCGCCAGUCCCGCAGAGACCGUCGAUCUGCUAGAUGAGUUGGAGGCUGCUGUUGGGAACAAUUCGAAGUAA